UCUGCACAACUUUCCCCAGGUGUUUGGUGGCCCAGCCACCGCUUCUGUGAAAUUCUGUUUUCCCCUGGUCCCCCUGUGAGUCUAAGGGGACCAGAGCACAAACGACGUUGGCAUUCUGUAAGGGAAGGCUGGAUGCGUCAAUCCCCAAAACAAGUUUUGACAUUGCUCCGGAAAUGUCAUCCUGCAUGCGUGCACCGCAAGCGCCUGCUGCUCCAGGCCGUCCCUGCUGGGCAAUGACGGGCAGCCGGGGCCGGGGACAGCAUAAAUGAGCCGGGAUCUGUAGCACCAGCUCACUCAGUCCCUGCUGCAGGCACCAGGCGGGUUCUCUCCAGGGGAGGAGCAGCAGUGUGUUACUCCCGUGACUCCAGCCCGCAGCCGUACGAUGAGAGCCGCGGGACUUGCCUUUGGCUUUCUCUGUGCUGUGUCCCAUCUCCUCUGGGCUGCUUCCACGGGGCUCAGAACACUGCAUCUGGGAAGCUGUGUGAUCGCCACAGACCUCCAAGAGAUACAGAGUGGAUUUUCUGAGCUUCGGCACAGCGUGCAGGCCAAAGAUGACAUCACUGACAUCAGAAUCUUAAGGAGGACGGAGUCUUUGCAGGACACAAAGCCCAAGGGCCGGUGCUGUCUCCUCCGCCAUUUGCUGAGGCUCUAUAUGGAGAGAGUGUUCAAUAACUACCCAGCCCCUGACUAUCACACUGUCCGAAAGAUCAGCAGGCUCGCCAACUCCCUUCUCACCAUCAAGAAGGACCUUCGGCUUUGCCAUGCCAACAAAAAAUGCCAUUGUGGGAAGGAAGCAACGGAGAAGUACAGUCAGAUUCUGCGUCAAUUCGAACAGCUGGAGCCCCAGGCAGCCGUCGUGAAGGCCCUGGGGGAACUGGACAUCCUGCUGCGAUGGAUGGAGGAGACAGCAAUGGAUGGAGGAGACAGCGAAGCAGGGAGGUACUGAUGCCUGGCCGAGGGUCCCCUGCCCAAUCGCCACGGAGGCAGAACCCCGAACCACCCUCUUCCGAUUCACUCAG